AUGUUUUCCUCCAAUUCGCUAAGAGGCCGUGGCUUGACCAUUGGUAUCACCGCAUGCUGUGGAGUGUCAUUCAUGCUAUUUGGCUACGAUCAAGGUGUCUUCGGGGGCAUUCUCUCAAAUCCCACGUUCCAGAAACAGUUCGAUGAUCCCAACACCACAAUGCAGGGGCAGAUUGUGUCAACAUACGUCCUUGGAUGCGUGGCGGGGGCUUUUCUGUCAAUGUACACUGGAGAUCGACUCGGAAGACGGCGAUCAGUCUUACUAGCCAGCGCGUUUCUCACGGUCGGCGGCAUCCUCCAAUCCACGGCUUUUACUCUUCCCCAUUUGAUUGUGGGCCGCAUUGUCGCUGGCCUUGGAGUUGGCAUGAACACCACGACAGUGCCUAUGUGGCAGAGUGAGACUUGCAAACAGGAAGACCGAGGGAAGCUGAUCACCAUCCAGCUCACACAUCUCGUGUUCGGCUUUGUGCUUGCCAACUGGAUCAAUUUUGGCUUCACGUAUUGCCCAUACCAGCAAAUCAGCUGGCGCUUUCCCCUCGGAUUUCAGUCUUUUCUUGCAAUCUUAACGGCAUCAAUGGUCCCUUUCCUGGUGGAGUCACCCCGCUGGCUUUGUGUAAGGGGUCGUUCUCCUGCCGCAAAAGAGGUCAUCGCACGGGUUCUAGACAAACCUCUCGAGGAUGAUGAGGUACUUGCCUCGCUCCAGUCAAUUGAGACUACCGUUGCCCACGAGAUGGAGUCGCAAAAACCUGGAUGGCGAACGAUCUUCUCCAACGGGCCGCAACAAACCUUCCGUCGAAUUGCUCUUGGAGUUGGAGUCAACUUCAUGCAGCAAUUUGGCGGCGUGAACGUUGUUGCUUACUAUCUGCCCAUCAUUAUGAAGCGCUCAUUUGGUUUCAGUGACCGCAUGUCUCUGAUCCUGUCUGCCGUGGAUUCCAUGCAGUGGAUGUUUUGGACCGGUCUUGGCACUUUACUGAUUGACAGGCUCGGCCGUCGCAAGCUGUUGAUCGUCGGCGCUGCAGGCCAAAGCCUGUGUUUUGCUAUGGCCGCUCUCGGUCUUGGUAUUGGCACCAAACCCCUGGAGGGUGUGGCUGUGGCAUUCAUCUUUGUUUACUAUGCUUUCUUCGUGAGAGCCCCAGUGACUCGGAAGCUCCUUCCCAUCUAA